CAGACCGGGUUUUCGUGGAAAUACGUGAGAACCUGUUUUCUAUUAAGACAUCACUAUAUAAUUUAUUGUGUUUCAUUUUUUGUUGCUCUCUGUCCAGAGUGAAUCAUGUUGCUGUUCUGUCCGACCUGUGGUAAUGUGUUGAUCGUGGAGGAAGGGCAGAAAUGUUUGCGUUUUGCGUGCAACACCUGCCCGUAUGUUCACAACGUAACGAGAAAGGUCACCAAUAGGAAAUAUCCCAAGCUGAAGGAGGUUGAUGACGUGCUCGGUGGAGCCGCCGCCUGGGAAAACGUUGAUUCCACCCUAGAAAAAUGCCCCAAGUGCGAACAUCCACGUGCUUUUUUCAUGCAGAUCCAGACGAGAUCAGCUGAUGAGCCAAUGACAACCUUUUACAAGUGCUGCAACCUCCAAUGCGGGCACCGCUGGAGGGACUAGACCUCCUGCUUUCUCGUCUUAAGAGUAAUGAAAGGACAGCUUGCAUUGCAUGGUUACCGCUUUCUGAAAGCACUGUCUGGUCUGUGUUCUGUGUGCAACCAAGUUACCAAGGCAAGGAAGCAUUCAAGAGAACUACAACUUGAAAAUGAUUACAGUGUUGUGCCACCAGCUGCUUUUUCCUAAAGUUAUGGGCGUAUUCUAAAUACACCUGAUUGAAUUGUGAGCUCACAAAAGUAGGGAGAAGCAAACCUGGGAUAUUCUGCUUUAAGUUGAGUUAAAAUGGAUUACUUUUGAAGAAACAUUUUAAUAUCAGUUUAAAGCAGGGUAGAUAAUCUGACACUAGAAUUUUAGGCAGGUCUAACCAAAGGGAGUAAAGAUAGAAAUCAAUAUGUUUCUGAGCUACGUGUGAGUAGAGUUGUGGGAAAGAAAAUGCAGACCAUUGCCAGUUUAAAAGUCAGUCACUUUAGCCACUGGCUAUGGAGAUUUAUUUUUUUUAAACAAUAGGCCUUGCUAUAAUGUUGCCAAUUCAUCUGUUUGGACAGUGAGAUUUUAGUGCACCCUGUAAUGCAAACCAUGCAGGUAGCUUUCUCAUUUGUUAUUAAACAAUAUAUAUUUUAGUGAAUGCUGCUGGUAACCUCAGAGGUUAUAGGUCAGUUUGUUACUGAUAUUUUCUUCAGUAAUCACUUGAAAGUGAGAAUAUAUUUAAAUUGUCUCAAUCUGAAUACAGUGUUACAAAUCUAAAACGUGUGUAUUUAAAAUAUGAAAUAAUAAAAAAAACAAGGAAUUGUUAAUUAGUUGUUAUUGUAUUGUUAAAAUAAUAGUUUUGUGUUCUAUGCAACAGCAGUAGUCCUAUUCACAUCGUUCAGUUUCCACAAGAGUAUAAUUUUACAUAGCAACAUUAAAAACAUACAUCAAAUACCAUGGAUUAAAGGCGAACAUUUUUAUUUGUAAUUGUUUGCCUCAUCAACCCAGUAUAAAUAUGACUGCCCUUCCACAUCACUGCAAGCCACUUAGCAUUGCAAAUAGAGCCAAGAAAGGUAAAGGAGGCCAGGCUGGAUUUUCAAAUAUUCAUAAAAAGCUUGAACAUGCACUGGCAAAUUACAAGCCACUAUCAUUGGAGAGCAGAUCUGGAUUUUCAUCUGCUGCAUGGUUUUAAAAACUCAAGGUCAUGCUGGUUAUCCAACAGCAUGGGCUUCUCAACAAAAACUAUAACAUGCAAACAAAACCUUAGCAUUUGUGCUGGAUGGAAUUUGUCUUGCUUUCUGUUUUGGAUGUGAGAAUAACUGGAUUACUCUCUUUAAAGACCAUUCCUAAUUCCCACAACAGAAAAAGGACUAUGAAACUAUUCAAAUUUGCAAAAUGAAAGGUGAAUUGAGCAGCCAUGGACGUUAACUCGUUUUCAAGUAUCCCUUUUUAAAAGUACAGAGAUACUGUAAUAACAAAAGCAAAAGUUUAUAUUACUCAAUAUUUCCAUGCUACAAAUACAAAUCACUAAAUUCACAGGACAGUCUGAACACAUGGUGCCGAAGAAU